AGGCACCGGCACACUGCUGUGAGAGGGAGGGAAGGAAGGAAGGAGGUAAAAGUAAAUAGAAGCUUAGAAAGGGCGGAAGGCACCAGACAUCCUUAAUUGCGGACAAUCAGUUUGACUCUGUUGCUGUCACUUCGUCUGUCACAGAGACCGACAUAAGAACACGGGAGAGCCAUGGGUUCGUCCACAGAUGAAGAAUUCAAAGAGAAAUUACUGUGGAAUGUGAAACGAGAGGUGAAACAGAUCAUGGAGGAGGCGGUGACUAAGAAGUUUGUCCACGAAGACAGCAGCCACAUCAUCGGCCUGUGCAGCACCAUCGAGGCGUGUCUGAGCCACCUGUUGAAGCGGCGAGCGGCGGGUUUCCUGCGUAGCGACAAGAUCGCAGCCCUUUUCACCAAGAUCGGCAAGGUCAACGCCACGGCGGGAGAGGUGUGUCAGAAGGUCCAGGAGCAGCUCACACAGCAGGCAGAGGUCACCAGAACCCAGAGGACCCAGAGUAUGGGUCAGGAGCCCCUGAAGAGGCAGGGGUCAUCGUCUGCAGGUCGCGCCCCCCAGCCCCUCUCCGCUCAGGCCAUCAAGCACAUCUGGGUUCGCACCGCCCUCUUCGAGAAGGUCCUGGACAAGAUCGUACAGUACAUCGUGGAUAACUCCAGUAAGUACUAUGAGAGGGAGUCUCUGAUGCAUGACACAGUGUUUGGACCCAUCCUGGCAUGUCUACUGGUGGGUCCCUGUGCUCUGGAGUACACUAAGCUGAAGACGUCCGACCACUUCUGGACGGACCCGUCGGCCAACGAGUUGGUCCAGCGCCACCGGAUCCACGGGGCCCACCGGGGCCAGGACGCUUCCCCCAGCAAGAGGCCCGCUCUGGGGAUCCGGAAGAGACAGUCCAGCGUCAGCAUGUCCGAGGAUAAGUUUGCGGCGUCUGCACGGGAAUACGUGGAAUCUCUUCACCAGAACUCCCGUACUCACCUGCUCUACGGCAAAAACAACGUCCUGGUCCAACCGAAGAAAGAGAUGGAGGUGUUGCGGGGGUACCUGUCCCUUCACCAGUCAGGGGACAACCUCACUCUGAAGUGGACCCCUAACCAGCUCAUCAACGGCACCCUGGGGGACUGUGACCUGGAGAAGAGUAUCUAUUGGGACUAUGCGUUGACCGUGCCUUUGCGACAGGUCGUGUGCAUUCACUGUCACCAGCGACCUGACUGUGGUGGGACGUUGGUGCUGGUUAAUCAGGAUGGUAUCCAGCGCCCCCCCCUCCACUUCCCUCCCGGCGGCCACCUUUUGGCCUUUCUGUCCUGCCUGGAGACGGGCCUGCUUCCCCGGGGUCAGCUGGAGCCUCCACUCUGGAGCCAGAGAGGCAAGGGUAAGGUGUUUCCUAAGCUAAGGAAGAGGACCAGCACUGUCAGGCUGGUAGAUCAGGAGGGAGAGGAGCAGACUGCCAGGCUGGUAGAUCAGGAGGGAGAGGAGCAGACUGCCAGGCUGGUAGAUCAGGAGGGAGAGGAGCAGACAGCAGCUGACUACGUGUUCCGCAUUGUCUACCCUGGACGCCACCACGACUCUAACCAUGGGGAGAUGAUGGACAUCCAGGGAGCCUAUAUGGGAGGCAGCCCGUCGUCAUGGCAGCAGGGAGCAGAGUGCACCAGUCACAUGUCGUCAUGUCUGCCUUGCUCCCCAGGGGGCAGUAAUGUCUCCUUGGAAUACCCAGCAGGCUGCACCUGCAUCCACGACCGGAGCCCACUGAAGAUGCUGUGCCAGAAUAUGAAAAGGCAGAUAGUCUCCAGGGCCUUCUACGGAUGGCUGGCCUACUGUCGACACCUGUCCACGGUCCGUACCCACUUGUCAGCAUUGGUCAACCACAACAUUGUCCCUCCUGACAAACCUUGUGAGGCGUCGGGGGGCCUGAGUAAAGACUUGUGGAGCAAGUACCAGAAAGACUGCAAGAACUAUAAGGAGUUGGAGUUGUUGCGGCUGGUUUAUUACGGAGGUGUACAGCAUGACAUCAGGAAGGAAGUCUGGCCCUUCCUGCUGGGUCACUACAAGUUUGGCAUGGGCAAGAAGGACAUGAGCCAGAUCGAUGAGAAGGUCAGUGCACGGUACCAGCAGGUGAUGAAGGAGUGGAAAGCCUGCGAGGUGGUCGUCAAGCAGAGAGAGAAGGAGAUGCAGUCGGCCAUCUUUGCUAAGCUGUCUUCAGGAAGCAGCAUAGACAGCCACGUCCUCCGACUCAUACACAGAGACUCCACUCUCAGCAACGAGGUGUUCAUGUCAGUAGAUGAGCCUGAGGUGGGGGAGCAGCACACCCCAGGGGGGGGCGGAGGAGAUACCCCCGGCCACUCUACAGUGGUUCCCCCCACAGCCGGAGGGGUAAUAGUUCCGGAUGAGCGCCCCCUAGUGGAGUUCGACUCCCCUGACUCCGGCCUCCCAUCCUCCAGGAACUACUCUGUCACUUCCGGACACUCUCAGAUUCUCUCCUCUAUCGACGAUGGACAGAGUACGGAGGAGGACGGGGGAGCGGGGGAGGAGGCGCGGACACAAACACACAGUGUGACGGAGGCGAAGGAGGCGAAGGAGCAGCAGGAUUCAAUAAGUGAGGAGAGGCUGUGCAGUCAGCUGGAUAAGUUGAUGACCAAUGGGAAUGGAGGAGCGGAGGGGAUGCCUUCACUGUCCUCCUAUACGAUUGAGCUGUUGGACACAGUGGCUCUGAACCUCCACAGGAUAGAUAAAGAUGUUCAACGCUGUGACCGUAACUACGGCUACUUUACAACCGCUAACCUGGAGAAACUACGCAACAUCAUGUGCAGCUAUGUGUGGGAUCACCUGGAGAUGGGUUAUGUCCAGGGGAUGUGUGACCUGCUGGCUCCUCUCAUGGUCAUCCUGGACGAUGAGUGUCUGGCGUACAGCUGUUUCUCCCAGCUGAUGAAGAGGAUGAGCCAGAACUUCCCCAACGGUGGAGCCAUGGACACACACUUCACCAACAUGAGGUCCCUCAUACAGAUCCUGGACUCGGAGCUGUUUGAGCUGAUGCAUCAGAAUGGAGACUACACCCACUUCUAUUUCUGCUACCGCUGGUUCCUGUUGGACUUCAAAAGAGAGCUGCUGUACCAGGAUGUGUUCUCAGUAUGGGAGGUGAUCUGGGUGGCCCCUCACAUCUCCUCUCAGCACUUCGUCCUGUUCCUGGCCCUGGCUCUGGUAGAGGUCUACAGAGAGAUCAUCAGAGACAAUACCAUGGACUUCACUGACAUCAUCAAGUUCUUCAACGAGAUGGCAGAACGUCAUGACGUGCAGCACAUCCUUCAGAUCGCCAGAGAGCUGGUGCACAAGGUCCAGUCUCUCAUCGAGAACAAGUGAUGAGGAGGAGGACGAAGAGAGGAGGAUGAAGAGGAGCAGAAGAGAGGAGCUAGAUGCCAUCACUGCACCCCUCGAUCCACCCGUCCAUCCUCCGCACCUAGCACAGCUUCCUCCCUCUCUUACCCCUCCCAAACCAGGGGAAGAGACAAAGACAUGGGGCCUCCAGCCCUCUCUCCCUCCAGGCCUCUAACCCUCUCUCCCUCCAGGACUCUAACCCUCUCUCCCUCCAGGCCUCUCUCCCUCCAGGCCUCUAAAUCUCUCUCCCUCCAGGCCUCAGCCCGCCAGCCAGACCGGUGGAGGAUGAAGGCUCCAGGUGACCAUCCUGGUCUGGAUGCAGAAGAGAACAGUGGAAAGGAGAGUGAUGUUGGCUGGGCCCAGGUUUAGAUCUGGGUCCUGGUUCCUGGUCUAGGUCUGAUCCUAGUCUCAGUUCCUGGUCUACGUUUGGCCCUGGUCUAGUUCCUGGUCUAGGUCUGGCCCUGGUCUAGGUCCUGGUCUAGGUCUGGCCCUGGUCUAGUUCCUGGUCUAGGUCUGGUCCUGGUCUAGUUCCUAGUCUAGGUCUGGCCCUAGUCUAGUUCCUGGUCUAGGUCUGGCCCUGGUCUGGGUCUGGUCCUAGUCUAGUUCCUGGUCUAGGUCUGGUCCUGGUCUAGUUCCUUGUCUAGGUCUUGCCCUGGUCUAGUUCCUGGUCUGGGUCUGGUCCUAGUCUAGUUCCUGGUCUAG